UCGUGCGCUACCGGCAGUCAUUGCGAUGAUCUUGUGACGAGGAGAUGUUUGAUGGUUGUUGGCUCGGUUUGAGCACUCAGGCUUAGAAUGCCGGUGAAAGUAGACGUGGUGCCACCGCCGCCUGCUAACUCGAAGCAACCUGGAGUUACAAAGUCCCUCCUCUACAACGGCUCGAGAUUUCAAGGCUCGCAAAAAUCGAAAGGAAAUAGUUACGACGUCGAGGUUAUUUUGCAGCAUGUCGACGAAGAAAACAGCUACUUAUGCGGGUACCUCAAAAUCAAAGGGUUAACUGAAGAGUACCCUACAUUGACAACGUUCUUCGACGGUGAAAUCAUAUCUAAGAAGUAUCCUUUUCUCACUCGAAAAUGGGACGCCAAUGAGGAUGUUGACAAGAAACAUUGGAGUAAAUUCGAGUCUUUCUGUCAGUAUGCCAAGACUUUCAACUCUGAUACCUUUGACUAUGAAGCUCUUAAAGGGACGGACUUUGUGUUUAUGAGAUGGAAGGAGCACUUUUUGGUACCUGAUCACACGAUCACAGACAUUAAUGGUGCUUCCUUUGCUGGAUUUUAUUACAUCUGCUUCCAGAAGUCUGCGGCAUCAAUCGAGGGCUACUAUUACCAUCGCAGCUCUGAAUGGUUCCAGUCGUUGAAUCUGCGACAUGUUCCCGAACACAGUAUACAAAUUUAUGAAUUCAGGUGAAAGUAAUGCCAGCUUCUCAGCCCCAGUUGCCCUUCUGAAUCCCUUCCCUUAUGGCAUACCGAUCUCAUAAUAAUCCCAAAUUCAGAAAUUGACAUAUACCCCUUGUCUUGACAAAUUUGUAUAUUAAUUUUAUAAACUCGAGGCUGAGAAAAUUGGCAAAUUGGGUUAUCAUUUUAUUAGCAACGUAUAAGUCUGUAUUGAUACCGAUUAAUAAAACAAUGCGCUUCUUUUAAGUUUGUAUGAAUACAAACGGUAAGAGUCGAGCUGGUUGUUAUUUAUUAUGGAACGGUAGAGGAACAGAGUGCCUCGACGAGUGAUACGCUUGCUUAUUAAUGAUUAAUUAUACAAGUAUUCAUUGUAAGGUGUUUUAAAAUCGAAAUAAAUCAAUUGAUGGCUUUUAUCAAUUAAACGCAUCUGAAAAUUCUUUUUGUACUGUUACAUAUGUGCUUGCAGUCAAUGUGUCAGGAGCAUGCGUAUUUUUUCUCUCAAAAUACUAAAUUAAUAUUGGAAUUCGAAGGUUGUGUUUUUUCCUUUGUGAAGAGAAAAAAAAGAAGAGAAGAAAACUUAUAGAGUUAGUGAUUUUGUCACAAAAUUGUUGUUAUUAUUUGUUUUGAUACCAUGCUUUAUUCUACGUUUGUACAUUUACAGUUUACAUGUAAAACGGUUUAUUAUCUAUCAAGAGUCAAGACUAAGGGCUAAGGGAAAAAAUUUCAAGUUCAGUGUUAUUUAUAUGCCGUGUUCAACUUCUACGCGAUACAAAUGAUCCGUGGUUGCACUUUUUCUCGGUGUUUUUUUUUUUCAAUUUAAUUUUCGAAAUUUUUGACUUAUGAGCUAACGGAAUUAUGACGCGCUACAAUACUGAACACUCCCACAAUUUUCAACAAAUUCAUAACUUUAUGGCUAGGUAUGUAUGUAAAUUAUAACAAUUCGCAACUUAGUGCUAUAAAUAUGACCUAAUUUGUUUUACAAGUUUUAUUUGUUUCACAAUCCACUGUCAUUAUAAUAUUGAAAAAAAUAAUAUUAUAAAUUUUAUAGCAAUUUAUGGCAUCUAAGCAAAAAACAAAAAAUUCAUGAAGUUCACUUCAAUGUAAAUUUAUCUAGCUGCUUAUAGAUCUGAUUAGACAUGUAAAAUUAAUUUACAGAAAUUAGGUAGGAUAGACUACUUUAAUGAAGUUCAAAAAAAAAAACUGUUUCAAAUGCAAAAUACAAAUUUCUUUUGAAUUUGAAAUGAUUUUGGGACACAUGCAAUGUUAUGAUUCCUAUGUUUAAUGAAAGCAAUAUUUACGUGCUGUAAUACACGCAAAAAGUUUUACGAAUAUAACGACGGCUCAGUUUUACAAAUAACGGUAUAUUUGUAUUUUGCCUCUGUACUAUUAGGUUUAAAGUUGAAUGAAUUGUGAUACCAGAGGUCUUAGGUCUCUCUGUAACACAUAUUAUUGCUAGUUGUUAAUUGCAUUAUGUGAUUAUUAUUCAUGUCCCAGUUAAAUGUAUAAGCAGUUACCUAAAUAUUGGUGGUGCGUGUAAGGUGUAGUCAAAACUUUUCUAUGAUCUUAUUGGUCAACUAUAAUAUAAUAUGUAAACAAAUUACUGUAAAUGUCAGAUCAAUAAAUGUUUUGGAAUCGUAAA